AUGAAUUUACUAGCCAAAGCGAAAUUGUCCAUUAGAGGCGGCCUUUCCCCCUUUCGAUCCAUCGCCGUACUUCAACAAUGGAGUUUGUACUGUACCAAAACAGCUCCGUUCAGCUCCUUAACCCAACAAGUGACAGAGAAUCUCGGAGCCCAGAAGACCUCCGAUUCGAGCCUUCCUCCGACGAUCAAGGAACGGAGAGGUCCGGCGAUCGACUGGCCGAGGCCGAUAGAGAUUCCGUUCCAACCUCGGGUCGCCAACGCCGUGAAUUUGAUCGGCCGCGUGAAAACCCCGGUCCAUCUCGAGUCCGGCGCCGAUGGGAAUCGCUUGGCCACGGUUUUGAUUUCUCAGGAUUGUGGCGACAGGUGUGACACUCUGUUGAUCCCCGUUGUGUUCGAAGGCGAUUUGGCUCAGGUCGUGGCCCUUCACGUUAAGGAGAAGGAUCGUGUUUUCGUUUCGGGGAAGCUGAGAAUGGGCCCCACGAGAUUCGUCUUCGCCGACGGUUACGGAAAGUUCCAUCUCGUGGCCGAGAAUCUCAAUUUUGUCGAGGGCUAUGUGAAAAAGGCUGUUUCUGGCGAGAGCGAUUGGGUCGCGAGUCCUGUUACUCAGCAGUCGAACAAUGAGGCGAACGAUUCGAAUCAUAUUGAGUCUAAGCCUGAAAAGGGUUACGAGAAAAGUUUACAGAGUAGUAGCACGAAGAAGAAGGGGGACCGGAGCUUGGAUUUGUGGAGGGAUCUUUUGAAAAGCCCAAAACAGUGGUGGGAUUAUCGUGGUCACAAGUCUAAUGGGCUGGUCAAAGAAAGACACCCCGACUUUAAGCAUAAGGAUUCUGGAAACGGGCUUUGGGUUGACCGUGCCCCCGACUGGGUUUUGCUGGGACUCGCAAAAUUAGAGUUUGAUGUUAUGUUCUUGAGGCCCAGGCUGUCGCAAGGAGGUGAAGGGGUUGGCAAAGCAGAAAAUCGAGUUGAAGGCGCGAAAGGGGAAGAUUCUUGGAAGAAUUUGGUGGAAAAUCCGAAUAAAUGGUGGGAUAAUAGAUUGGGCAAGCAAAAUCCGAGAUGGCCCGAUUUUAAGCACAAGGAGACAGGCGAAGGGUUGUGGUUAAGAGACAUGCCGGAAUGGGCUUUGUCGAGGUUACCCCAAUCGAAAGAAAAAGGUGGUGAAGGGGUUGGCGAAACAAAGGAGUUUGUGACAGAAAAUCGAGUUCAAGGCACGCAAGGGGACGAUUCUUGGAGAAGUUUGGUGGAAAAUCCGAAUAAAUGGUGGGAUAAUAGAUUGGAAAAGCAUAAUCCGAGGUCGGCCGAUUUUAAGCACAAGGAGACGGGUGAAAGAUUGUGGUUAAGUGACGUGCCGGAAUGGGCUUUGUCGAGGUUACCCCAAUCGAGGUUCCACCAAUCGAAAGCGGAAGGUGGUGAAGGGGUUGGCGAAACAAAGGAGGAGUCUGAAGUGAAGUUUGUGACAGCAAAUCGAGUUGAAGGCGCGAAAGGGGAAGAUUCUUGGAAGAGUUUGGUGGAAAAUCCGAAUAAAUGGUGGGAUAAUAGAUUGGGCAAGAAAAAUCCGAGGUCGCCCGAUUUUAAGCACAAGGAGACAGGCGAAGGAUUGUGGUUGAGAGACGUGCCGGAAUGGGCUUUGUCGAGGUUACCCCAAUCGAAAGAUUGGAAACAGAGUGUGCAGGCGCUUGAAAGCGUUUGA